CGCUAGUCAAUAGCACAAACUUAGUGGACCGGCCAAGCAAGUCGCCUCGUCGAGAACUAGAACCCCCAAAGCACAGGCACCUCCCCCAUCUAGUUCUACUCAUUACUUAUUCCUUUUGGUCCCUAUCCCGUCUUCCGUGCCCUUUCUUUGCUCCUGCGACCAGGAAGACGGCCGUAAGAGAUGAGCCGACUUUGAAAUACAGCUCGCUCUGAAUGAUAUCGGACUGUAUCCGUAAAGCCGCCCCAUCUCUGCGACUAUAAUACGACGUACUACCUCAGCCGGCGCGACCGCUCUCUCUCAUGUGCUGCGCAUGCUGCGCUAUAUCGUCCCAUCCGUCGAAUCGCGCAGCCAUCACCUUGGCCAUCGCCUAUCGACUUGUCGAUGCAUCACCGGACGGUCACGCCGAGUACGCGGGUGACGUUCCGCACCGAGGAGCCUGUCGCAGACCGGCCUCUUCCACGCUAUGGCUCACCGGUAGCCACGGAGAGCGUAGCUCGCGACUUCGGCUACGAUUCCUUUACUCCCGCAACUCCAUCCCAUGGAGAAAAGACGGAGCCGGCGGCACAUGUUGAGACGAACCCUGGGGCGCUUUUGCAAAUAGACGAGAUGCAUACCGACGCAGAGCCCAAGACUGGCUGCACAGCCCAGGAUUCGGAAUCGCACCGGGACAUGUCCUGUGCGCCAGAAGCUGACGUCCCCUCCCGAGACCUAGGGCACUCGCUUGUCCCCGAUCCUUAUGAGAAUGCCGCCGGGGACAUGGACAUGGACGUCUCGCGCAACAGCUUCAACCUCGAAGUUGAUGACGGGGACGAGGCGGACGCGAACGCGGAUGAGCAAGGACAGGAGGACAAAGGAGAGGAGGACCAAGAUCAAGACCAUGGGCACGACUGCGACUACACGGACACGGAUCCUGCCCGGGACGAGGAUGACUACCGAGGUCGCGCCGUGUCAGUCUACGCCAUGAGCUCUUAUCCCGGUGUGCAGACUGCCUUCAAGGUGGAGUACCCGUUUCAGUACGGACAGGGACGAGAUGCCGGAACAAUAGACUCGUCCCGGACACUGUAUGCCGAUGAUGUCGAGUAUGUGACGGAAAAUGGGCGGCAGUACUGCGGCGAUUACUUCAUGCCCAUCGAUCAGACGGAGCAGACGCGCCAAUAUGUGAUACAUCAGGUAUACCUGAAGCUCUUUGACCUGGAGCUCACAACGGUGCCCCUCGAAGACCCAAAGUACAUAUUAGACAUUGGCACCGGCAUAGGCGAGUGGGCGAUUGGCAUGGCCGAGAAGUAUCCCGACUGCGAGGUAUUCGGGACAGAUAUUGCGCCGAUCCAGCCGACGCAGCAAGUGCCCUUCAAUAUCGAGUUCCACAUUGAGAACGCAGAGGAAGAGUGGAUCCGCCCCACGGCUACAGUCGACUUGGUCCACCUCCGGAACAUGGCUGGAGCAUUUACGGACUGGAGUUUCAUCUAUGAGCAGGCGUUUGAGUGCAUACGGCCUGGGGGCUGGAUCGAGAUUCUCGACUUUGACGACAUGUACGCGUACCAGAACUUCCUGACCUUCUACCCGGAGGGCUCGGCCAUACACCUGCUCUUCAGGGGCAUCUACGAGGCGCUGGAGAAGUGCGGCCGGCCGAGGGGCGUUCAGCACAUGUCGAAAGAGUUGCUCAUGGAGUCGGGCUUCGUCGACAUCCGAGAGUCGGUAUACGACCUCGGCAUCGGGAGCAGGGCGAGCAGCAGCUACGGGAAGUUCUGGCUGUUUGCCAUCGUCACGGGUAUCGAGCCGACGGCAUUGCGCCUCCUGACGAGAUACCUCGGAUGGGAUGCAGAUUAUGCGAAGGGACUCUGCGACGAGGUGGCCAAGGAGACUAAAAAACUCGCAGAGGACCCUGUCAGAGCCGAGAGUUUUGUCAUGAAGCUCCGAGUCAUGUCGGGGAAGAAACCCGAAGUGCCCGGCCAGUGGACGGCCCAGGCGCUAAACGAGACUGCCGAGAUCAACAACCUCAGCGAAGACGACAGGGACACUAUUGGAAGCCGGUCAAAUCGGACACUGAAAUUGGACGAGAGGCUAUGAAAAUUACCUCUCGGAGGGGAGUGGAGGAAAAGUGAGUUAUGUUUGUAAAGACGGCCAUUUUGCGCCAUUCGCAAUUCUUCUGUGACGGCUGCCACGCAGCCAAAUCCUAGCGACAGCCCAAAGGGGGAGGAAAUGUUAGACGAUGACGACCUAAUGAUGGAAAGAAAGAAUGCAGCAAAGCACACAUCCAUAUUGGAUACCUACCUACCUUCCUGAUGUUUUACCUGCCUAGACACCUAAGCAUCCGUACCUUACCUAACAUACUGAUUAUCUUUGUAAAAAAUUGGGCAUUAGAUACCCGGGAUCAACUCCUUGAGCAGGUACCUUACCUUACUAAUGCGGUUGAUAUAAUGAGAAUGAAAUAAAUCUAGCUACUUGGAAAACUAUCAUGUAAUGAAUAAACAGUACUAGUAUUUUUAUUGAUUCUGAUAGCAUUUUAGAUCUGCAUCUGAGCAC